AUGAAAUGCUUAAAAACCGAAGCCGCAUUUUUAGCUGGGAUUGGAGUAUUUCUCGUGGGUACGGCCUGUCUCAUUGCCGUCGAAGUCCAUAACAUUUAUCCGGCACGAGAGGAACAGAAAUUUGAAGAAAUAAACUGUACAAUUGAAUCAUGCAACAUGGACGCGAGCGCUAAAUGUUCCAAACACAAACACGAUAAUAAAGAGUUUUCCUGUUUAAGGGUUUAUGUUGUGUGUGGAAGCAAAGCUGAAAGCAGUGACAGCAAUAUGCUGUUACAAACUGCUCAGAAGCGUCGUUUGCUAGCAAGAAGUUAUCACAGUCUUCAUAAACAGGUAUGUUCUUUG